AUGGAUUCCCAUCUGAAAACCUUGGUCAAUUACUCACUGAUAAUGGCCAGCGUGUUUUCCGCAGUCAUUUUUGCGGUGUCCUUCAUGACGGCGGCUAUCGACAUGCGUGAGGAUAGUUUGACACCGAAACCUCAAUGUCCGACCACACCAAAACUUCGAUUUUUCUUUUGGUUUCUCCUGUCAAUCAUUCAAUCAAUAAUUAUGCUCCUCUGGAUGGCAGGCUGCGUCUUGUUUGUGCCAAUUGCGGUCGUGCAAGUGGCUAUCUAUUGCCCCGUCGUGGUCCUAGGCUUCGUUAUGCGAACGACCUGCGGACACCAUCAUGCCGCAAAUAUAGCGUCUUACAUCUGGGAAGCUGGUACUCCUUUUCGGGUGACACCUGCUGCCUUGAGAAAGUGGUCCAUUGGUGCCACCGUCUGGCUGUUAGGUGGUUUCUGGUCAACACAGCAGUGCGAAGAUCCCGAAGCACAAGAGCUGGUGGGCGAAUUUUCGCACAGUGACAGAAACAUGGAAGGAAUGAUAGAAUAUCGUCAACGGCGAGUUUCUCAGCCUUUCAGGACCAGUAGCGAUGAGUAA